UAUUUUUAUACUAAAUUGGUGAUAAAUUAAAUUGAAGCCGAAUAUCAUUUUUCCAUUUUGAACCAAACAUGGAUACAUUUGAUGUCUCUGAUAGGAGUAGCUGGUAUUUUGGCUCCAUGACUAGACAAGAAGCAACCGAAGUAUUAAUGAGUGAGAGGGAACGAGGAGUUUUUUUGGUUCGCGACAGCAAUUCAAUCGAAGGCGAUUACGUCCUUUGCGUUAGAGAAGACACUAAGGUUAGUAACUACAUUAUAAACAAGGUGCAACAACAAGACCAAAUUGUUUACCGGAUUGGUGACCAAUCAUUCGAAAACCUUCCUAAGUUAUUGACCUUCUAUACACUGCAUUAUUUGGAUACCACACCACUGAAGCGACCUGCUCAGAAAAAACUUGAAAAAGUUAUUGGCAAAUUCGAUUUUGUUGGAAGUGAUCAAGACGAUUUACCAUUUCAACGAGGUGAAGUUCUCACGAUAAUCAGAAAAGAUGAAGACCAAUGGUGGACAGCCCGCAAUUCCACUGGUCUAGUUGGACAAAUACCAGUUCCCUAUGUUCAACGUUACGAUGACAUAGUUGAGGAGGAUGGCAUGGACCAUACAGCUACUUCAAUUACAAACGGAUGUAUUGCACGUACGAUUGGGUGCAAUUCCGAUUCACCUUCCACAUCAUCCAGCCAAUUUAGUACAUUAAAAAGGACUGAUUUAAACCGCAAAUUGCCAGCUCGAGCUCGUGUUAAACAGUCUCGUGUGCCUAAUGCUUAUGACAAAACUGCACUGAAAUUGGAAGUAGGAGAUAUUAUUAAAGUCACCAAAACCAAUAUAAAUGGCCAGUGGGAAGGGGAGCUAAAUGGACGAAAAGGUCAUUUUCCUUUUACGCACGUUGAAUUUAUCGAUGAUUGUGACUUAACCAAUAUUUGCGCAGAUGUUCGAUUAAAUACUGAUUGGGUGGAUCAACAAAAAUAAUAUUCAAUUAUAUUUGUCGUGUAUUGUAGCUUAAGAUUAUAUAUUAAGUGAUGUUUACCAAUUGUUAAAAUAUUAAACAUAUUGAUUAAUUAUAUGCUA